AUACAAUUCAACAGAUUUAUUCAUUCCGACGACGAGUGCCAACGCAGAAAGUGACCGAUCUUUUCAGUAUAAGCAACCGGAAAAACUUAGCCUUCGAAACAAAGUGAACACUGUGAGUUGUGCAAUUCAAGCGGAAUUUCCUGGCCCGUGUGAUUGCUAACACGUAAAAUAAAGUUAUGAUGUAUCUCACGAAAUACCAGCUCCUCGUAAGCUUCCAGCUGCUGGCAACAUUUGCAGCUGCAUGUGUUGUAAAAGUACCAACGUCCAAAACUCGGUUAUCGCUCGUGACAAUGCGCAAAUAUCCAGUAGGUGCGAAGUGUCCAACUUGUGGUCCAACCACCAAUCCCCUGAUAUUGCGCACAGUCAAAGAGACCUACACGGGUAUGGACGAGGUGUGUUGUGAAGGUUAUGUUCGCAAUGCAAAAACCGGCGAUUGUCUGCCGAAGUGCGUGGACUGUAAGGCAGGCAAGUGCGUGCGUCCCGAUGUAUGCCUCUGCGCCGAAGGCUAUCUGAAUCUGAGGAAUAGCACCGUCUGUGAGCCGGAAUGCAGUGAGCCUUGUAUUAAUGGGCAAUGCAUUGAACCGGAGACGUGCGCCUGCAAUGAUGGCUACAAUUUCAUCAACGGCAGUACUACUGAAUGCGAGACCAGAUGUUUGACGGAUUGCACCAAUGGGCGUUGUGAUUCGUCGGGGAAAUGUACGUGUAAUUUCGGCUAUGAGAGUAACGAGACGCUGGGUCUGUGUACGCCCAUCUGUGAAGAGCCCUGUGAGAAUGGCGUGUGUAAGGCUCCCAAUGAGUGUAGCUGUCAGAAUGGUUACGAGUUGCGGUUGGGUACCUUGGGAAAGUGUGAACCGUUGUGUCAAGGAGGUUGCCCGAACGGUUACUGCAGUGCACCGAACGUUUGCAAAUGCCAGGAGGGCUACUAUAAUUUGAUAGGACUUGCGUGUGUACCGAGCUGUAAGGAGAAAUGUGUGAACGCACAUUGUACGGCUCCCAACCAGUGCACCUGCCUGGAGGGCUAUAUCUUUCGCAAUGAUUCGCGCACAGAGUGUGAACCAACUUGUGCACGUGGCUGUCUGAAUGGUUUCUGUGACGAACCGGGACACUGUGAGUGUCAUCAGGGUUACACACAGGUGGAGCCGCAUGUUUGCCAGCCGAACUGCGCGAAGGACUGCAUCAAUGGACAUUGUACUGCGCCCGAUACAUGUACUUGCAACGAGGGCUACAUCUUCAAGAAUGGCUCACUGACUGAGUGUGAACCACACUGUCCGCGUGGUUGCAAGAAUGGUGAAUGUGUAAGUCCAGGUGUGUGCAGCUGCUUGCCGGGAUACCAAUCACUGCUCUUUUAUCUCUGCAUACCGGUCUGUAAGCAGUCAUGCGUCCAUGGCACGUGUACCGCACCGGAGACUUGUCGCUGUUUCAGCGGCUAUCGCCCGAAUGCAGAACGGCCCAAUGAGUGCGAGCCAGUUUGCAAUUUCGACUGCGGGCAUGGGCAUUGCAUUGCACCGGGCAUUUGCCAAUGCGAGAAAGGUUAUACCAAAAAAUGGCUGACCGGACGCUGUGAGCCGCACUGCACACAAAAGUGCAUCAACAGCAUUUGUACGGCAGGCGGCGUAUGCCGUUGCUAUGAGGGUUUCCGGUUGCGCAAAGGUUCGAACGCCAUUUGCGAUCCCAUCUGUUUGCCGCAGUGCGUCAAUAGCAAUUGUGUGGAGCCGGACAUGUGCGAGUGCUGGAGCGGCUAUUCGGAGACACGUCAUCACAAUUUCUGCAUCGCGCAUUGUCGACCCUCGUGUGAGAAUGGCAAGUGUGUGGCGCCCAAUAAGUGCCAGUGUAGCGAUGGCUAUCGCAUGACGAACGCCAGCGAACCUCAUCGCUGUCAUGCAAUCUGUAAAGAUACUUGCAUUAACGCUGAGUGCCUGCGGCCGGAUGAGUGCGUUUGCCUCGAAGGGUAUACAUUUCUCAACGGCAGCCGCACGGAGUGUGCGCCAAUUUGUGAACAAGACUGCGGUCAUGGCAGAUGUAUUGGACCGAACGCUUGCAGUUGUGAUCUCGGUUAUCGCCUUAACCUGAGCAAUGACACUGGCCUGCCGGUUUGCGUUGCAUAUUGCAAUGAAUGGAAUUGUUUGAAUGGCAAAUGCGAUGUCAAUGGUAUAUGUCAGUGCAUAAAAGGAAUGAUUUACAACGAGCGACGUGGGGCAUGUGUUUCCGAGUUAGGAUCUACGGAGAGUCAUAUAGCGUCGAGUGGAGUUUCGGUUUCACGCUGGACCAUUUGUACAAUGACGCUUCUACUGGUUGCUUUUUGUGGACUUGCCUUGAUACUGGUGUACCGCGAAUAUGCGCGGAGACGCUUCCGCGAGAAGCACGGCGUGCGGUUGAUAGAAAAUCCAACAUUCGGCAUCGUCAUGCCAGGCGCUGGCGAAGAAGAUGGCCUCAAUGUGCAGGAUGGGGAGGAUAGCUGAUUGAACAUGUGAUAAUAAAGAGCUUUUCUUUGUAUGAUGAAGUUGUGAUGUAACUAACUUUGAAAAUAUUAAGACUUAUUAUUUGAAUUUGAAAAUAAAUUUAAAAUAAAUUUA